AUGGCUCACAACCUGGAGCUUCUAGCCAAGACCCCCAUCAUCAAGUUCAAGCAACAGGACUUUUACUCCUUGCGGGAUUAUUGCCUAAACAGAGGCCUGCUGUCUGAGGAUGAGACAUUCCCUGCUGAGACUUAUUCCGUAGGUCUACAGCUGCUCAAGGGAAGAAACCUCUCCAGCCUAAGCUGGAUGCGGCCAAAGGAUUUAUUGGAGGGUAAAUCAGAGGCUCACUUCAUCCUGGAAGGUGCGAGCAGUUUCGACAUCCAACAGGGGGAGGCAGGAGAUUGCUGGUUCCUGGCAGCACUGGGCUCCUUGACACAGAACCCACAGCAUCUGCAGAAGAUCCUAAUGGACCAAAGCUUUUCAUACCAAUAUGCAGGGAUUUUCCGUUUUCCGUUCUGGCAGUGUGGCCUGUGGGUGGAAGUGGUGGUUGACGAUCGCCUACCUGUCCUGAACGAUGAGUACUUCUUUGUUAAUCCUCGCAACAAACAAGAGUGUUGGCCGAGCCUGCCGGAGAACGCCUGCGCCAAGUUUCAUGGGUCCUAUGUCAACCUGCACUAUGGCUACCUCCCUGAUGCCCUGGUGGACCUCACGGGAGGGGUGGUCACCAACAUCAGCCUGCAUUCCUCCUCGUCUGACCUGCUGACCAUGGUGAAGAUGGUAGCCGAGGCAGGCUCCCUGAUGACCUGCAGCACCCUUGGCUGGGCAAGUAAUUGGAGAAGCCAGCAGCCCACGUCCUCAGGACUCGGUGGCCUUCUGUCUGUCAUGGGGUGGUCUCCUGAGGUGUCAAACGCUGGGGCCUCAAGCACCCUACAGCCUUCAAACUCUGCCUCGCUAGGAAAGAAAUCCAGGAACACAAGCCAUUCCAAACCGACAAGUGAGUCCACGGGGACAGCAAACGGGCUGGUGAGUCGGCAUGGCUACACAGUGACUGGCGCUGGGCAGCUAAGGCUCCUCACGAACGCGGUGCCUCAGGAUUCUUGCUCCCCUACACAGGAGUCAGAAUCCCUGGCCUCGAUUCAGUACAGGAGUGGCUGGGAAUAUCUUAUCCGCCUGUGGAACCCCUGGGGCAAGAGCGAAUGGAGAGGGUGCGGGAGUGACAGGACUGAAAGGAAGAAGUAUAUCCCAGGCAGAGAGAGCAUCAUGGUGAAGGCCACGGCGGGUCUGGGUUGGGCGCUGCCACUGCCACCAGACAGACAGACCAUCAGCCUGAAGAAGAAGAGGACUUUGUCAGCCCAAAGGGACAGCUAUACUUCUCCAGGGGAAAUGAUUGCUGGACCCCAGAGGGACAUGCAGGACAUCUUCUCUGUGCCAGAAAGCAUGGAAAACAACAAUGUCAUCGUGUCCUUCGAUUUUGUCAUGCCACAAAAUUUAAAGGCAAAAGACAGGACAUUUCCACUGAAGUCCGAGGUGUUCAAGAUCGACUAUCAGUUCCAGCACUUCCGAGAGAGAUUGCCGUCCACCUUUUUUUCCAAAUUCACAAUUGCUGAGAAGGGCAUCGUUUCUGAAACCACAUGCAACCUUACAGAGCGCUUCAGCCUGAGCCCUGGGACCUGUGUGGCGGUCGUCUCCGCAGGCAGAGGAGCAGUUGAGUUCUUGCUCCAAAUCUUCCUAAAGAUGCCAGACAGUGACAGGAACCUGGACAAUAAUCUCAACCUCAGACCACUGCAGGGGCUGGACAUUGAUGCUACCCAGGUUCAGAGCCUUCUCAACCAGGAAUUCCUAAAAGAUGAGACUGGGCUGGGACCGUGCAGUGACCAGCCCACGUUCCGUGGCCACAAGUGGCAGGGCUGGGACCCAACCCCGGGCCUCCUGCCUCCUGUCCUGACUUCCACUCUCCUCCGAGCCGUUUCUCCCCCGAGCCGUUUCUCCCCCGCCUGCCCCAUCUACCCUCUGGCUCCUCGUGGGCGUAUCCGCCGGCCGCUGCCCUGCAGCUCUUCCCUCGGUGUUUUCCAAAACUCCCGGAAGAACUCUGGAGUUUUCCUGAGCUCGGAUCUGUGGAAGGCCAUAAAGGACACAGGACCCCAACUCCCGGCCUCCUCCCCGCUCACUGGCUCCCCCCGUGUCCCAGACUUCCUUGCAGGGAUCUCCGUCCCCAGUGAGCGGCUGGAUCUGAUGAGACUCCGCUAUAGCGACGGCACAGGCAGGGUCAGCUUCCCCAGCCUGGUCUGCGUCCUGAUGCGGCUUGAAGCCAUGACCGGUGUCACCCCGGGGCCAUCCUGGACACCUUCACAGUGA